AUGGAAAAACAUGACAACACGAACUCUCCAGCAUUAAAGUCAGAAAACUUCGAUGAUACUCUAAGUUGCAGCGAAUUUGCGAGCACAGCGUCUUUCUAUUCAGAAGAAACACCUUUAAGGGAAGGUUCUCUAGAAACAACCAUCAAAGUUGAAUCGUUAGUGGAACAACUUGACGACUACGAGUGCUCAACUCUCGAUUCAUUAAACGCAAGGUGGCCGUCAAUAAGAGCAAGGUUGAAGGGAAUGAAGCCUCAUUUACCCAAGAAGGCCGAUGACAAACCGACAUUAGUUUUGGAUUUGGACGAAACAUUGUUACAUACUUAUCGGGAUGUCAAUGCCGGCCAUAGCGAACCAGACUACAUCAUUUACGCUAGUGAAAACACUAAUCAGAUCAUCACAGCUGGAACGCUCCGGCCAGGAGUGAAGAAGUUUUUGAAAUGGGCCUCCGAAAUUUUUGAAGUCGUAGUUUGGACGGCUGGAGACGAUGAUUAUGCAGCAACUGUUAUGAACAUUUUGGACGCUGAUCGACAGUACAUCUCCCACGUACUUGGGCGAAGUGCUUGCAUACAAACACGAGUAGGUUCGAAUGGCGAAUGCAUGUAUGUGAAAGAUUUGUGUGCCUUGGGUCGUGACCUAAGUCGGACGUUUAUGGUAGACAAUGCUCCACAUGCCGCCACCUUAAAUUUGAGCAAUCUCAUACCCAUUGAAGCUUAUUAUGGAGAAACAACAGAUCACGAAUUGGAACAAUUACAGCAGUUUUUGGAGUCAAAGCUGACGCACCGAAAGGAUAUGCGAAUUAUCUUACAUCGACAGUUCAAUCUGAAGAGAAAGUUACGACAGCGAAUCAAUGACUGGAAGCACGCUGGCGUUUCGUUAACUUUCCAACCAAGAUAG